AUGUUGGUCACGAUUAUUAUAUCAUUUCUGCUAUUAAUAGCCAGUUCGGUUCUUGCUACGCUGACGCAGAAUGGGACAGCAUGCACCAUCACUCCUCUGACCGGGACUGGGACCUUGGAUGAUACCCCUCAGAUCCUCGAUGCCUUCAGCAAGUGUGGAAAAGAGGGAAGUAUUGAACUCACCGAAGGUACCUUUCGUAUCGGUAAAGUCAUCGAUGUGAUUGACUUGCGGAACUGUGAUAUCUCCAUUCGCGGGACGUUGAUUUGGAGCACCGAUAUCCAGUAUUGGCUGAGGAGUAGCAUUUCUGUAACUUACGCUGGCCGCUCUACAGCUUGGAGAAUUGGAGGUACCAAUAUCACGCUUCGAGGAUAUGGAAAAGCGCUUUUCAAUGGCAACGGACAGACCUGGUAUGAUCAAAAUAAGAAUCAGGGCAAUCAAAACGGUCGUCCAAUUUCUCUCACCGUUUGGCAUGCGACAAAUAUUCUUGUUGAUGGAAUAACGUGGAGCCAGCCCCAAUUCUGGUACGUAGAUUAAGCUCUAUGCAUGCAUAUUGAGGCGACUAAGCUUGGAAACAGGAAUACAUUCGUUGCCUACUCGAAGAAUGUAACAAUGACCAACCUUGCCAUGAGCGCCAUCUCAAACUCACAGUGGAAGACUGUCAAUACGGAUGGUGUUAACACGUGGAACUCGCAGGACAUCGUAAUUUCCAAUUGGACUGUAACUUCAGGUGAUGUGAGUUUGGCUACUGAUUCUCUUGCAUUUCCUAAUUAUUUUGAUAAUUUAAUUCCGCCUGUUAACAAGUCUACUUAACUAAUUCCUAUCUCCGUAGGAUUGCAUAUCCGUCAAAGGUAACAGCAAGAAUGUUCAUGUGAGCAAUAUCGUGUGCCAUGAAUCUGGAGGAAUGUGCGUUGGUAGUAUUGCAAAUGGGGUGACCGAAAAUGUAGAGAACGUUGUCUUCCAAAAUGUCUCCCUCACACAUAGCUCCAACGCGGCAUGGAUCAAAACAUACCCCACUGGCGGCGGAUACGUAAAAAAUGUUCUCUUCAAAGAUAUCACCUUCGACGAUGUCAAUCAGCCCAUCUAUAUCACAUCGUGCAUUUACUCGAACACAAAUUGCGACAGUUCCAGGCUUCAGAUAUCCGACAUUCGUUGGGAGAAAAUCAAAGGGACUUCAAGAUACAAUGUUGGUGCAGGCAUACACUGCAGCGGUUCAGCUCCGUGCAAGAAUCUGACAUUUUCUGGAAUUGAUAUCAGGCAGAAGACUGGGGGAGGUUCCGUGCAGUAUUUGUGUUCGAAUAUCGCGAACCAGGGGACGUCUGGUUUGGCCUGCACUGGAACUUGCCCUGCUGGUUGGGUACAGCAACUUAGCGAAAAUCAUUGA